UCUCAGCACCACUCCUGCCAGGCGCCGAGGAGGCCAGGCACAGCGGGCGCUGGGGCAUGCGAGUGCCGCGGGUGCCCUGGUCGCUGCUCUGGGCCUUGCUGCAGCUGAGCUGGAGGCCAGGAUGGCUCCUAGACCCCCAGGACAGGCCCUGGAGCCUCCUCACCUUCUUCCCAGCUCAGUCCACGGUGCCUGAGGGGGCCAACGCCACCUUUACCUGCAGCUUCUCCAAUACAUCCAAACACUUUGUUCUGAAUUUGUACCGUCUGAGCCCCAGCAACCAGAGACACAAGCUGGCUGCCUUCCCCGAGGACCGCAGCCAGCCACCACAGGACGGCCGCUUCAGCAUCAUCCGGCUGCCUGAUGGCAGUGGGUACCUCAUGAGUGUGGUUGGUGUCCGGCUCAACGACAGUGGGAUCUACCUGUGCGGGGCCAUCUCCCUGCACCCCCGGACACAGAUCAAGGAGAGCUCCCACGCCGAGCUCAGAGUGACAGAGAGACCCCUGGAGCUAUCCACCGCACAGCCCAGCCCCUCGCCCAGGCCACCAGCUCAGCUCCAAGGCCUGGUCAUUGGUGUCCCCAGUAUCUUGGUGGGUGUUCUGCUGCUGCUGCUACUGGCCUGGGUCCUGGUGGCCACAUGCUCCAAAACAGCCCAAGAGGCUGAAGGAGCCACAAGCCUGGACCAGACCCCAAAGGACAAGCCCCUGGCCCUGCCCAGCCCCACCAUGGACUAUGGGGAGCUGGACUUCCAGUGGCGGGAGAAGACGCCAGAACCCCCAGCUGCCUGCAUCCCUGAGCCGACUGAGUAUGCCACCAUUGUCUUCCCUGAUGGACUGGGUGCCUCAGUCCCUGGACGCAGGGGCUCCGCUGACCAUCCACGGGACCCCCGGCCUCUGAGGCCUGAGGACGGACACUGCUCAUGGCCCCUUUGAUCAGCUGUCCUGGUCAUCAGUAUCCUAUGGAGCCUCCACCCAGUGCCCAGGCCAUGGGGCCUCCCGAGGGCUGAGCCGACACAGGGUGGCUGCCCCAUGCUGGUGCCCGACCACCUGGAUGUGGCCCUCACAGGACUUACUUCCCAAGGCUCAGGGACUGCUUGGACCUCCAUGGGUGGGACCACUCAAGCCUAGCUCUCCUAGCCCACUGCUGCUGAGCUUGGCACGACCCCGUUUGCCUGCUGCCCAGAGUGGGGAUGGCCUCUGCCUUGUGCAGCCCCAUAGUGGGCAUGCUGGGCUAGGACAUCAGGGGGCACAGCCUUACCCCCACAGGAGCCUCCAACUGGGUCCUUUGUCAACAGGAGACUGAAGGGGCUCUCGGAGUCUGUUUCCAGCAGCCCUCCACCAGGCUCCCUGGACUGUGCCAGGGGAGGGCAGGGGAGGAUCACAGGCCCCCACGGUGGAGCUCCUGCUGGGAGACAAGGGUUCAGGGUCUGCAGGCAGAACCCAAUGGGACUGACUGUCAGAGCCCAGGCUGGCCAGCCAAGGGGCUGCGGGAGGUGAGACCUGGAACCAGAACCGCUGCCUCUGGUUAUUAAAUGUUGAGUGAACUCA